AAUUAACCACGCCGACUGAGCGGGCAGACUUUGCAUCUGAGCAACAGCUGGAAUAGCAGCACUUUUUAUGGAUUUUUAUCUUUUUUUGUUUCUUGUAUGAUCGAUUCGAGGACUUCAUGGAUCUUGUCCAGUUUCUAAUCCUCUGCAUUUGUGCUGUAAAUGCAGUUGUUUCUGAAUGUCCAAAUCAUUGCAGGUGCAAUAAAACCAAAGUUUCCUGUACUGGAAAUACAAUUAGAGAUUUUCCUUUCCCCAUUCCCCCAAGAACAGAAUCUUUAGAGAUUACCCAUACUAACAUCACCUCACUUGAACCGGAUCAUUUUGAAGCAUUCUAUAAGAAUCUUGCAGUGUUGAACAUUACUGAUGCAAGAAUAACGGAGGUGCAACCUCACACCUUUAACCAGACGCACAACCUACUCAGCUUAACACUUUCAACAACCAAUCUAUCUUCUUUACCCCCAUCCCUCUUUACUCCUCUUCAAAACCUGAAAACCUUAGACCUGAGCAAAAAUAAGCUGACUUCUAUUCCAGAGGAGGCGUUUCAGGGUCUGACUCGCCUGGGGACCCUUAUAUUGGAGGAAAACAGCAUCACAAUUCUGCACCCAGGGACCUUUCGUGGACUUCGAAAUCUAAAGGUCUUGUUCCUAAAACAGAACAAACUGAAGGUGAUUCCACGUCAUAUUUUUGACCCCCCGGUGACCCUGAAGGAAUUGCAUCUGCAGAACAAUGUCAUCAGGGAGAUACCUGAUGAACUUUUCACCAAUCAGCAGAAGCUGGAAAAGCUCUAUCUGCAGAACAAUGUCCUCACGCAGAUACCUGCUGAACUUUUCACCAAUCAAAAGAAGCUGAAAGAGCUCGAUCUCUCCAACAAUUUGCUAACUGUUCUUCCUAAAGGUAUCUUCCUGAACUUGCCGAGUCUACAGAAUAUCUCACUUUUUAACAACCAGCUGCACACACUGUCUCCCAACACCUUCGGCCCCAUGCCCAUGCUCCAGAAGCUAAGUCUAAAUGACAAUAAGUUAACUCACCUUGAGGACAAUGUGUUCAGCAAUUUGACUCAGUUAAAAAUUCUAGAGAUCAACAGGAAUCAGCUCUCGUACAUCUCCCCUGGUGCCUUCAAUGGAUUGAUUGAGCUGAAAGAAAUUUCUUUACAAACUAACAACCUGAUGAGCCUUGGGGAAGGAGUGUUUAGAGGUCUUAAUAAUUUGGCUAAAAUAUCCUUGAGUAACAACCAUAUGCAGAACCUUACUGGGAAGCUCCUCUAUGGUGUCUUUCACUUAACCACAGUGGAGCUUCAGAAUAAUUCUCUACUCUAUUUACCAGAAGACCUUUUAGUUUCGCUAACCAACGCUCAAAAUCUAGUGCUGUCUCAAAAUCCCUAUAGGUGUAACCAUAAAAUUUUACCCUUUCGAGACUGGCUAGUAAAGCACCAAGAUAAAGUACCCAGUGCCUCCAGCAUCAAGUGCUUCACUCCCUCCUGGUUGAUGAACAUCAGUAUUAUAAACCUUAAAAAUGAUCAGUUACUAAAACCUUCCCAAAUUUCUCCUACUCCUCUGUCUUUAUACUCCUCCACCACCGUACCUGCAGAUCACACCACAUCUGUCUGGGAGAACAAAGACCAUACAGACGAUCGACGCAAAACACACAGAAUCAUUAUUGCUUUGGUUUGUGCUGCAGUUAUUGUGACUAUCGGCCUCUGUGCUGUUUGCUGGAUCAGAAACAAAUCACAGUUUGUUCGUGGUCUUUUAUAACCAUUUUCCAAGACUUAAUUAACCCACAUUUCUCUAUUUCUAUUAUUAUCAACUUCUCAUUCACCACCACCAUCUUCUAACCAAACCUGUGACGUAAGUUCUUCCCCAGUUUGUAACAUCAUGGUGGUGUAAGCUGUCCAUAUGUAUUAGCAAAAUAAUCAAUCUUCUCACAUGAUAUCAUCAAUGUAGAUAACACACUGUACUUGCAAUACUGUUGGAUAAACUAUUAAUCAGCACUGAGCACUGAAACAGUGAAUCAACUAACAUUCAUUAAUUCACUGUAUUUCACAUAAUAUAUAUUAUUCAUUCAUUUGCAAUUGCUCUUGCUGUUUUGCAUACACACAUACACA